AUGGCACGACUAUUGCUUUUGGCGCAAGCCACAGUUGCGCUGCUCUCUACUCCAACAUUGGCUCACAUACCACGAGGCGUGAACAUCAAACGACAUAUCACCGAGCUUGAAUCACACUACGACUACAUCAUCGCAGGUGGUGGGACUUCGGGCUUAACCGUCGCUGACAGACUCACUGCCGCCUUUCCCAGCCGUUCUGUUCUCGUUGUCGAAUACGGCCAGCUAGUUAACGACACUGCCAUCUUACAACCCGCUGCAACCGUUCCAAAUCCUCGAUAUGCCUUCCAAAUCCUAUCGCAGAAAGAGCCUGGCCUCAACAAUCGCAGUUUUACCGUCACCGUAGGUAAGAUCGUCGGCGGUUGCAGCGCCAUCAACGCGCAGAUGUUCGAUCGUGGCAGCGCAGCAGACUACGAUGCCUGGGGAGAUGUCGCCGGCGAGGGCUAUCGCGAAGCGGGCUGGUCCUGGGCUGGACUCCUACCUUACUUCAAAAAGAGCACAACGUUUACCCCACCGACGAAGGAUGUUGCGGAGAAGUACGACUAUACUUACGACAUGGAUGCCGCGUGGGGAGGCGAUGGGGGCAUUCAGGCUGUUUACCCGCCUUUCCAAUGGCCUGGCGAGAAAAUCAUACGACAUGCGUGGAACGAACUUGGUGUACCCACCCAAAAGGAAGGAUCUGGAGGUGAUGCCUUCGGUGUGAUCUGGUUCCCCAGUUCCCAGGAUGCUCAGACUCAGACUCGAUCAUAUGCGAGAACUGGACACUACGAUAAUGUUGCUAAUCGAUCGAAUUACCAUCUGCUGGUUGGCCAUGCAGUCAAUGAUCUUGUUUUGGCUGAGGCAAGUAGUGGUGAAGAACAAUGGGAAGCUCGCGGCGUUCGCAUCCAAGCAGUCGAUGGAAAGAAUGCUUCCGUUAUUACGAUUACGAGCGACCAAGAGGUCAUACUUGCGGCUGGCGCUGUUCAUACCCCAGGUAUCCUUCAACGUAGUGGCAUCGGUCCAAAAGAUGUUCUUGGUGCAGCGAAUAUCCCCGUUCGACUUGAGCUUCCCGGUGUAGGGCAGAACUUCCAGGAUCAUGCAAUGACGAAUCUCUUCUAUAACUUGACUACAAAUAUUGAACCGAACCAAAUGUCGUUGUUCAUGAACCGUACCUUGAUGGAACAAGCGCGUCGAGAAUAUGCACAGAACAAAACAGGGCCUUUUACACUAAGCGGGGGAAACAGCGGUGCUUUUCUUCCACUAUCUACGCUGUCCAAUAACUCUCAGGCAAUUAUCAACGCUCUCAAAGCGCAAAGUCCGUCCUCUUAUCUUUCAAACACAACACAUCCUACGGUGCUUGAAGGUUAUUCGCAUCAACUGGAAGCGAUGAAAGAUCUUCUCUCAUCCAACGAAGCUGCCGUCUUCGAAUAUCCCAUCGGCGCAGGAGCAAUGGUCGCCUUCCUCAAGCCUCUCUCCCGAGGCACAGUGAACAUCAAUCCUGCAAACCCAACCGCGGAGCCUCUGGUCAGCUAUCGAACUUUUACUAAUCCUCUGGACGUCAAACUCUACACCGAAGGCGUCAAGAUCUUCCGUCGCCUGUACACAACACCCUCUGCUAAGACUCUCGGGCCUGUAGAGCUCACCCCCGGUGCGGCAGUCCAGACAGAUGCGGAGUGGGAAACGUGGCUGAAGAGGAGUGUGUCGCCUAGCUUCUAUCAUCCUGUCGGCACGACAGCCUUGGGACCCAAGAGCCGAGGAGGUGUUGUGGGUCCGGAGUUGAAGGUACAUGGAGUGGGAAAUCUUAGGGUAGUUGACGCAGGUAUCAUGCCGCUUAUUCCUGGAACGCAUACUAGCUCGACGGUGUAUGCUGUUGCGGAGAAAGCAGCAGAUCUUAUCGUCAAGGACGGAAGAGACUGA